UUAAUUAGAGGGAAAACUGCUUUUUUAUUUACUCUAUAUUAAAAGGGAAAUUGGGUAAAUUAAAAUUCGCAACGAAAACUUUGAUCCACCGAAUUGGCAAGACAUGGACUCCUCACAGACUACAGCAUCGACGGCUGCUGCUGGCGGCGGCGGCGGCGGCGUUUCGGCGGGGGGAAACGGUGUAAUGAACACGCAAUCCAUCGACGCGUCUCCUGUUGAUUCAUCCGCCACCACCGCCGCAACCCCAACGGACGAUCAAAAGGAAAACCUAACCCAGGUCACAAAUUCGAUCCAGAAAACCCUAGGAAUUCUCCACCAGCUCUACCUCACCGUCUCAUCCUUCAAUGUCGCGUCGCAACUCCCCCUCCUCCAACGCAUGAACAAUUUGGUGUUGGAGCUGGAUAAUAUGACGAGAUUAGCAGACAAGUGUAACAUUCAGGUGCCUAUGGAAGUUCUACAAUUGAUAGAUGAUGGGAAGAAUCCGGAUGAAUUUACACGGGAUAUGCUGAAUGGUUGCAUUGCCAAGAAUCAGAUCACCAAAGGGAAGACAGACGCCUUCAAGGGUAUGCGAAGACACCUGCUUGAAGAACUGGAUCAGGCAUUUCCUGAUGAAGUUGAAGCUUAUAGGGAGAUACGUGCAGCAUCCGCAGCAGAGUCCAAACAAUUUGCCCAAGCACAAAGUAUUCUGCCGAAUGGAGAUGUGAAAGUGAAGAAAGAGACUUGAGAAGCAUGGCUACGUUAUAGGGCCUCGCUUGGUUAGGUCGAAUUAUGCAAUCGGGUUUUCAUUAGAUUAUUUAAUCUUCAUCUUGGCUAAUCUUAUCUCAUGAAUCAAACAAGGCCGUAGUUGAUUCAAGUCAGAAAUUUGAGGUCUGUUUGGAUUUGUGUAGGAACAAAACUCCUUAGGUUUUGUAAUAGUAUUGUGAUGUAAUAAUGUUUUAUCUGGAUUGGAUUGAAACUUAUUUAAAGCUUAACCAUAGUAUACUUGAAAGGAUUGGUCACAUGGACAUAAGAGAUGAACACUUUUGUUUGGAGUUUAUAGUGUUGAUUUCUUA